UCCCCCGCAAAGCACAGCCAAGCCACGGCACAUCGAGAUUCAAGAUGGAGUUACAGGUCCCUUCCCUUCCCGUCUUGCUCUCCAGUUUCUUGGUUCUUCUGAUCAUCGUCAGGAGGGUCUUCAGCUCCAAGCCUAAGCAUGUAGGGCCGGAGUUUCCCACCCCCUCAAGGCUUCCCUUCAUCGGCAGCAUUCAUCAUCUCAUCGGCAAGCUGCCCCACCAUGCGCUCCGCGACCUGGCCCGCAAGCAUGGUAAUGUCAUGAAACUCCGCCUCGGCCAAGUCGACCAAAUCAUAUUCAGCUCGCGGGAGGGCGCGCAGCAGGUGCUCAAGGCGCAGGACGCCAACUUCGCCUUUCGCCCUGAGUUCACCGCCGCCAAGAUCAUUGCGUACGGCCAGAGCGACAUCGCCUUCUCCAACGGCGAGUACUGGCGCCAGCUGCGCAAGAUUUGCGUCAUGGAGCUGCUCGGUGCAAAGCGUGUCAAGUCGUUUGUGUCUUUGAGGAAAGAGCAGGUCGGUCGUCUCAUGAGCGACGUCAGCAACGCUGCUGCCAUCGGGAAGCCAAUCAACCUAGGGGAGAGGCUGAACGAGUUAACCAACUCUAUCGUGGUCCAAGCUUCGUUUGGGAGAAGGUGCCAGCAACAGAGGAAGUUCAUGGAGACCAUCAAAGAAGUCAUCAAAAUGGCUAGCGGAUUUAGCGUUGGUGAUCUCUUUCCGUCUCUCAAGGUCGUUGAUGUCCUCACUGGAUUUAGCACUCAGUUAAUCAAAUAUCACAACAAACUAGAUGCGAUCCUCGAUGCGACAAUCAAGGAGCAUCAGAUGACGCGCGAGGGAGAUGAAGAGGAGGAGGAUCUUAUUGACGUUUUACUCAGGCUCAAAGAUGAAGGCAACCUAGAAGUGCCAAUCACGUUUGACAACAUCAAGGCUGUUGUGAUUGAUAUGUUUGCUGGAGGAACGGAGACAACCGCAAACACCAUUGAAUGGGCUAUGUCUGAGCUCAUGUUGCGCCCUUCCACAUUACAAAGAGCUCAAAAAGAGGUCAGAGAAGCUAUGAAGGAUAAAGGUUAUAUCGAGGAGACUGAUGUUCCACAAUUUAGCUAUCUCCAUGAUGUGGUCAAAGAAACUUUAAGGUUGCAUCCACCAUUCCCCCUCUUGUUUCCACGAGUGGGUCAAGAGACUACUGAAGUUCUUGGCUACACAAUUCCUGCUGGAUCAAGACUCCUCAUCAAUGUCUGGUCACUAGGGAGGGAUCCAAGAUACUGGAAAGAAGCUGACAGCUUUAAGCCGGAGAGAUUUGAGGAAGGUGUCAACAGAGAAUUUAAAGGCAAUGACUUUGAGUUCUUGCCAUUUGGCGCAGGUAGAAGGAUGUGUGCAGGCAUGACCUUCGGAUUGACAACUUUAGAACUGACAUUGUCUAAAUUUCUGUUCCACUUUGAUUGGGCAUUUCCAAAGGGAGUGAAAGCAGAGGACAUUGACAUGUCUGAAUCUUUUGGAGCAAGUGCUUCAAGGAAGGUUAAUCUUCUCUUAGUUCCUUCACUUCGCUACCCCUUCCCGACCUUGGACUAGCAGUGAAGAGUUACCAGUUGAAGCAUUAUCUUUUACAAAGUUAUGUAGACUUCGUCAACAAUAAUAAUGUUCCAUGAGAAUAAUUGAGAGCACCUCUCGGAGAUGUAGUUUGGUGCUUUUAUAAAUUGGUUGUGCUUAAAUAUCUAUUCAAAAUAUUUAAUUGUCUUUUGUUAUUAA